CUUAAUAGAGUGCCUGCAGGACUGCCUGACUAACACACACUCAACACUCCUGCUGCAGGGUCAGGGGUGUCAGCGUGAAAAUGAUACAUUUUCAGCUGUCUGUGCUGCUUGCUUUGGGAUUCAUCACACUGAUCAACGGCCAGUGUGUGGUGGACUUCCAAAAUGGCACAGUUUCCAACAACGGUUCAUCUUGCUCUUCAUUCUCAAACUCGACACUCAACAGCACCCUCUCCUGCGCGGGCAUACAGCUCUCAGACUACUCCCUGGCCAAUCUCCAAAAUCUCAAAGCAUAUACCGACGCCACCUUUGACCUUUACACAUUACUGAGAUCUAGACUUGACGCUAGUCUUGUCGUGAGCUACAUCAAUAACAUCAGGACAAAAGGCUCGGUUGCGGGCUCAUUGAGCGAUGUGGAUUUCGCUAGGCUGUGGUUUCAAGUAAAGCUCAGUCCAUUCCUGUCCUCGCUGUCCAGAGACACGCUGUCCUGUCUCAGUCGAAGCAGUUUCACCUGCCAGAGCUUCCAAGCACUGGUAAAUGAUUUAAGCGUGCAGAUUGGUCCUGAAAGACAAAGGAUGGUGUAUCAAAACUUCAUAAAACCCUUUCUGGCAAGAAAUACAACUGACGCUGGCUGUGUGAACAGCACAAACAGCACCGGGCAAUGGCUGCUACUCAACUUCCAGUCAUUCUCUUCUAUUGCAAGCCUAGGAGAUUUCAUAGCUCUGAAACCAGACUUUAAUGGGCUGGUGGUCCUAGGUAAACUCACGCCGGAGCAGAAAGCUGAACUGAUGUUUCAGCUAGAAGCCAACUUUAGCCUGAACGCUGAUGCCGUCAGUCAGAUCUUCCAGAGUUUCCUGCAGCCCCUCAUCAACAUGACACUGAACCUGACCAGCACCAGUUCAGGGCUCCUCGACAAGAAUCUCACAGACUUUGUGCAAUAUUUGAGACCAAUGGGAAGAUUCAUCAGAUCAUGUGUGAACAUUGCUCAGACAACAAAUAUAAGCAGUUUUAGAAAUGAUACAAUACAGCUUCUGGUCAACUGGACUGUGAACUAUAUCAACAACCAAAUCUCAGUAAAUACUUUUAACUUCAACAACAUCAGUGAGUGGUUCCAGACCAUAGUUAUUCCUUUGGUGAACAAACACCUGCAAACUAACCAGACUUUGCCAGACAACACCACAGACAUAUUCAACUCGGUUUUUGCUGUUGAAGCUCAAACGGCAGAUCCUGUGGACAUCUGUACAGUGACCAUAAAUAACAGCUCCUGUCAAGUAUCACAGAAUGCAGAGAGUUUGGCCAAAACACUUAAAUGUGUCGCUCAAACAAAUCUGAGCCUCACUGAGGAAAACCUGCAACUUCUGACUACUGAACUCUCCAAAACACUGCAGACAAAAGUUCAGCAAUCUUUAGGGGUAACAAACUCAUCUCAAAGCAACCUCACCACCUUGUUUGGAGAGUUGCCAGCAGAAAGCUUCACUAUCAGAAGCCUCGACGAUGUGAACUUUGUGAAAUUCUGGUUCCAGAUCAAGAUGAAGCCUCUGCUGCCCAAAAUUCCUAAAGAAUUCUUGUCAUGCUUGAACACACGGAGCUUCAGCUGCCAGACCUACACAGCACUUAUUGUGGAGCUAAGUAAUAAUUUUGGACUGAUGGACAGUGCAACACAGAGAUCAGUUUUUAAUGACUUCAUUGUUCCCUUCCUGACACGACGUCAAAACACAAGUGUCGACUGCACAUUAGCAUAUAACAACAGUGUGAACUUCAUCCUGCAAAACUUCGGCAGUUUCUCUCAGUUUGCUCAGCUUCAGUUUUUUACCAAUUUGAGCCUCAAUUUUUCAGCUGUGAGUCUCACAUUAUUAGUGGAUCACGUAAAGACACAACCUCAACACAACAUAACACAACUCAUGUCCUUUCAGGUGGAGGCUGUUCCUGUUCUCUCACUGACACAGCUGGGUGAACUGGUGUUCAGUCCUCCUGCUAGACCUGAAGACAGAGUCAACAUCCUCACCAAAGUCUUUGACUUUCUUCUUCAAGCCUCUAACCGAGACAAACUCAAUAGCUUCCUACCAGCUCUUCAGACACAGGCCAGAAAAGCAAACUUCAGCUGUGAAAAUUACAAAACCAUCUUUGACAGGGUGGAUCAGGCAUUAUUAUCAGUCUCUCCUAACCAGACUGAAGCCCUUCUGACCAUCAGAGACUCACUUAUGACGAUUCCUCCUGACGAAUGCAUUCAGAGAUCAAGCCAAUGCACAGUGACUCCUGUAAAUGAGACUGUCCUCUGUGCAAAUGUCAACAGCUCUGCUGUGGGUCAGGUCUUGAAUGGAGUAGCUCAAAACACAACAUCCUCGCUGAAUUUGUGUAACUUCACUGUGCUGGAGUUUGCCUGUCUGCCAACGCUGUCACAGGUAAACUCUCAACAACUGGCUGGUCUUUUGGCUUGUAAACUGAACAGCAAUGUCACAAAAGAGACCUGGAAGCUUUUCCUCAGUAAAACCAGCACAAACCUUGAUGACGCUCUGCUGAAACUUUCUAACAUGACUCUCAGUCCCAGCAAUGUUUCUCUGUCGAAUGUGCUGGAUGUGAUUGCUGAUGUCCGCAUCGAUCGUUUUAGUCCUCAGAGACUGAGAGAUCCUGUCUUCAUCCGCUCAUGGUUUCAGGGCCGACUUAAAACUUUCUUACCAUCAAUAUCCCAAAGUUUCCUGUCCUGUCUCAGCACUAAAAACCUUGCCUGUGAAAGCUACAGCACUAUUAUUGUGGAGUUAAGUAAUAAUUUUGGACUGAUGGACAGUGCUACACAGAGAUCAGUUUUCAAUGACUUCAUUGUUCCCUUCCUGUCACGACGUCAAAACACAAGUGUCGACUGCACAUUAGCAUAUAACAACAGUGUGAACUUCAUCCUGCAAAACUUCGGCAGUUUCUCUCAGUUUGCUCAGCUUCAGUUUUUUACCAAUUUGAGCCUCAAUUUUUCAGCUGUGAGUCUCACAUUAUUAGUGGAUCACGUAAAGACACAACCUCAACACAACAUAACACAACUCAUGUCCUUUCAGGUGGAGGCUGUUCCUGUUCUCUCACUGACACAGCUGGGUGAACUGGUGUUCAGUCCUCCUGCUAGACCUGAAGACAGAGUCAACAUCCUCACCAAAGUCUUUGACUUUCUUCUUCAAGCCUCUAACCGAGACAAACUCAAUAGCUUCCUACCAGCUCUUCAGACACAGGCCAGAAAAGCAAACUUCAGCUGUGAAAAUUACAAAACCAUCUUUGACAGGGUGGAUCAGGCAUUAUUAUCAGUCUCUCCUAACCAGACUGAAGCCCUUUUGACCAUCAGAGACUCACUUAUGACGAUUCCUCCUGACGAAUGCAUUCAGAGAUCAAGCCAAUGCACAGUGACUCCUGUAAAUGAGACUGUCCUCUGUGCAAAUAUCAACAGCUCUGCUGUGGGUCAGGUCUUGAAUGGUCCAAAUACAACAUCCUCGCUGAAUUUAUGUAAUUUCACAGUGCUGGAGUUUGCCUGUCUGCCAACGCUGUCACAGGUAAACUCUCAACAACUGGCUGGUCUUUUGGCUUGUAAACUGAACAGCAAUGUGACAAAAGAGACCUGGAAGCUUUUCCUCAGUAAAACCAGCACAAACCUUGAUGACGCUCUGCUGAAGCUUUCUAACAUGACUCUCGGUCCCAGCAAUGUGUCUCUGUCGAAUGUGCUGGAUGUGAUUGCUGACGUCCGCAUCGAUCGAUUUAGUCCUCAGAGACUGAGAGAUCCUGUCUUCAUCCGCUCAUGGUUUCAGAACAGACUAAAACCUUUCUUGCCAUCAGUUUCCCAAAGUUUCCUGUCCUGUCUCAGCACCAAAAACCUCACCUGUGAAAGUUACAGCACUAUCACUGAAUCUUUUAUCAAUGCACCUCUACAAACUGUACAAGAUGUCUGCAACCCACCUGUACCCAGUGGCACUCAGAAACAGGAUCAGGUGUACAGGAAUUUCAUGAAAGCUUUCCUCUCACGCAGUGACACCAAUGAUCCUGGGUGCCUCAAAGACUCUGCCAACACCACUCUGUGGGUCAACAGAUACUUUGGGCCAUUAAUUCAGUCUGCUAAUCUGACGGAGCUUUUGGCACUUGACAGUAACUUCAAAACAGUGGAGGUUUUACCUGUUUUGAGUCUAAAUCAACUGGUUGAGUUUUCCCUCACUCCUGGAGCUCUUGCAAAUCCUCAAAGUGCUAUCAAAGUCAUGCAGCUUGUUAAGGAUUGCCAGCUGCCCACCUUCUUUGACCGCUUUUCCCCCAAAUUAAAUGACAUCCUGCUCACGCCUGAUGUAAAAACAGCACUGAUUAAACAGAUAUUUGACAGAGCCAACCUGUCUGAUCUAAAUACCGCUAAUGGAGAAGUUCUGGUCUGGAUUCAGACUAGACUCCCGCCUCUGUUAUCCAACUUUUCAGAAAGCCUUGUGUCUCCAUUUUUUACCAUCCUCAAUGCAAGGGACUGCAAUAUCACUCAAUUCGCACUGAAGCUGUUAGGGGGAGUUGGACCUUCAAUACCCCCAAAUACCAAAAAUGCAAUCUACAAUAGCAUUCUUCAGUCCUUUGGAGGGCCACAGGGUCUGAGAUGCUACAGAAACAACAGCUUCAUGACAUUUCUGAAUCAAAGCCUGUUCAGUUUCGGGCCUCUUCCAAAUCUGACCACCUUCCUCUCUCUGAUCCCACCUGCUCGGAUAUCUGAGCUUUUAAACUCUUUUGCUCCUUCUGAGCUGGGCACCUACCUCAGACAGCUGAAAGUGCUGAACAACGAUUCCCAAAUCUGUGUCAUCUUUAACACCUUUACCAGAACCCCUGAUUUCCUGGAGAAUGAGGAUGUUCCAGAUAAUAUAAGGAGGGCCAUACUUCCCUGUGUUUGGCCGAUGGCGUUGACUAGCGACAACCAGACGGAGAUUAAUUUGUGGUUUGAUCGUAGAUUAAAGCUCUACUUGAAGUUUCUAAACAAAGAUCUAAUCGGGUCAAAAGACACCCUGAGCUCAUCCUGUCUGUCGUACAGGAAAAUGAUCAAUGUUUUAGGCAACAGUUUUACAUUCAGCGGUUCCCAGAUUACUUCUAAUGAUGUAUACUCUACCAUCAAGACAUAUCUGAAAGCAGACUCUACACCAAAAUGCUAUGAUGCUUCUAAUCCAAAACUGAGCUCAACUGCAUGGUUUUCCAACUACAUCGGUACAUUUAUAACUUUCUUGAAUCUAGACGACCUCUACACUUUUGGCUCAGAUAGUGCGAUUCAGAUCUUUACUGUGGACCCAGACAACAUCAAUCUGUUCAAACAAAAGAACCUUCCAAACAACCUGACCAGCCACUACACACAACUCCUUUUUCAACAGAACCCCAGCUUUAAUGUUUUAGACCUACCUACAUUUCUGCAGUGCAGUGCCCCAGCAUCCACCUUCACAAAACUUGACGAGACUCAGACUAACGCUAUUCUUGGAAACUUCAAAACAUCUUGCUCUGGUGUAGAUCCUGCAAUAUCCACUGCACUUGCGGGAAACAUCAAAACCAUCAGUGCUAAUGUCAUUAGCAACAUGGGAAGUGAGAUUGUUGGUCUUACAACUGUCCAACUGAAUGCAGCACCUCCAGACGUCCUCAUCAGUAGUCUCUCAACGUUGACCACUGUGUCUGGGUGGAACUUCGGGCAAGCCAAGACUAUCAUAAAAGUGCUUCUUAGUGGUUCAUAUCAGCUCACCAGUCCCACCAAUUUGGUGAAUCUUGGACCACUGAUAACAGGAAUCCCUUCAACGGUGCUGACAAGCAUUGACCCAGUCCAAAUUGUCACAAUGACUCAAAACGUACAAUUUGUAAAUAACAUGCUGGCGGCCCCAGAGAUUGUCCAGAAGACUUUUGUAAACCAGAUAAUAAAAGUUAAUACAGAACCAAGUGUGCUAAUGCAAAACAUUCCCAGUGAAUUGGCCGUUCAAAUCCCAAGAAACCUUCUGGACAUUCCCUCCACUGUAAACACGGUCGUCAUACAACAGUUUAACAAUAAAAAGUGGAAACCUGAACAGGCAGUUCUGUUCUUUGAUUCUGUUGCAAAUGCUUUCGAUCAAGCUGAUGACUUGUCAGUGCCAGUUUUGCAAGGAUUUACAUGUUCCCGAGUGCAGACCUUCACCAAAACUAAAAUCCGAGGUCUGAUCAAAGCCUGCCGCCGGAGGCCAAACAGACAAACAGUGAUACUUAGUGAGACUCAGCUGACUUGCAUGUACAACCUGAUCAGAAGGGACUCACCUCUGGAUUUUUUCAACUAUCAUCCAAAUAUGUUGUUGUACUACAAUUAUGACACCAUCAACAAAACCAUCUGCAGAGACUAUUUUACUGCAGUCGGAGCAGCAGAUCUCUCAAUCUUUUCAAGCACACUGAGAGGAAGAAGGGACAUCUUGUGGAGUAAUGCUGUAGAUUGCUUGGCCAUUAACGGAACAAGCAUCCGGAAACAGGAUCUGACAGUGCUGGGCAAUUUGGUGUGUGUUGUGAGCAGUGACUACAUUACAAACUCAGAUCCAGAAAUCCUGGAGAACUUAAAGAACUGCAACGAACUCUCGGUUUCCCAAAUAGCAGCCAUGGAAGCUGUCAUCAUGAAGGGAACUACUAAAUAUGGACCAACAAGCAAGUGGAAUCAGAAAACGCUUAACGAUUUGGGAAUUUUGCCAUUGCACUUCUCACAAAACUUUUGGGGAUCAUUCCAGCAGAUUGAUACGAGCACCUUCUUGAAAAGCUUCCUGAAAUUUCUGCGUGGGCAAAACACACCAAAACUACUCAUGAAAAGGCUGUUUAAAGCAAUCAUCAUACCAGUAAAAAGAGCCAAGAGAGCAGCGGGUGACUGUACGGCAGGCAACAUCACUAGUGUGACCAUCAGCAAUGACGCCUUCCCCUUUGGCUACGACGAGACUCAGUUCGGCAACUGUCUGAGUGCUGAUGUGGUGAGGGAUAAUCUCGGCAGUCUGUGUGAAAAAAUCGACGAUAGCGGCUUUCAGAGAAUCAUUUUGGACAGACUUAAACAGAUUUAUCCGAACGGCCUUUCAGACGAUCAGGUCCAGGUGCUGAAGUCCGUUUCCAGGAAUGUGUCGCUAGAUGAAGUGAGUAAAUGGAACAUCACUAAAGUCGACACACUGGCUGCACUCAUGAACACAAACGAUGGCGAUUGGUCUUCUGAACAGAGCAAGCAGAUCAUCAGCCAAUACCUAAGCGCUGGCAAUAAUCUGACAGCCACUGAGCUCAAUCUGAUUAAAGGACCAAAUCUCUGCUCGAUGGAUACCAGCACAAUAUCAACAAUACUGCCUGAAAGUAUACGGGGCAGCGAUGCUUUGAAUGUGUCAAAAUGCUCCUCUGCCAAUAAGCAGGCGCUCUUCACCAUAGCUAGCAAGGCAUUCCCCAUGACAAAAGCUAUUGACACACGUGCCGCCCUGUCAUCUUUCCAGCUCAUUGAACCCUUUCUUGGAGGUGCAGAUCUAAAUUACAUAAGAACUCUGUCAUCAUAUAACAUCAGCAUGAGCCUGUCCACUUUCACAAAUCUGGAUCCGAACGUCAUCAAUAGCCUCACUGUGUCAGAUGUAGUGGGUCUUCUUGGUAGCAAUUUGCAGGAUCUGAAAACAUAUGAAAACCAAACGGCAGUGCGGAACUGGAUCUCGCUGCAGUUACAGUCAGAGCUGAAUAAUCUUAACAUCAGUCUGACCGGAGGAAAAGCGACGGCUGACACGACCACUGCUGCACCGACUACAGCAAGUAGCACCACUUUGAACGCUGCAGCUGCUUCAACUUCCUCUAGCGCUGCUACGAUUGUCACUAGCACUAACAUUACUAUUGCUUCUGCCACUGCCAACACUACUUCAGCCGCUACAGGAGUUGGAUACAGCAUGCCAUUCAGCAUAUUUGUACUCGUUCUUACCAUCUUCAAAGUGGAGAUUAUUUAGCCCUGACCUCAAAUCUGCCACACUGUAAUUUAACCACGAGGAUUAAUCUGGAAGUUUCCUGUUAAUGAUGAUAUAUAGUAUACAAUUAAGGGCAAAAUAAUUAGCUGACUUUAUUAGCAAAGAUAAAAUAAACCAGUUAAUAGAAAUGAGUUGUUAAAACUAUUAUGUUUAGAAAUGUGUUGAAAUAAUUUCUCAGUUAAACAGAAAUUGGGAGAAUUAAAAUUUAAUAGGAAGGCUAAUACUUCUGACUUCCGCUGUAUAUGAUUAUAAUCACAUUUAUUUUAGAUUUAUCUUAUUGAAUCAAGUGAUUUUAAGUAUAUUAACAUCAGUCCUAUAUGGCAUUGUGAUUGAGGUAUGGAAACAGAAGAGGUGCAGUAAUAUCCAAAGCAAAGGGCACUGUAUGUAGCAUCUAGAUUUAAAUAUUUAUUUCAUUCCCUGCUUUUAAAGCUUCUAUAUUUAAGUGUUUCUAACAUUGAGAAUAGUCAUAAAUGCUAUUGUUUCUGCUGUAUUUAAAAAUAUGACAAUUGGAAGUGUGACUUGUACCUGUUUUAUGAUCAAAAAACAAUGUCAUGUUAACAAAAAGAAACGAAUAAAAGGCACUGAUGAACAAAUUAA